AUGGCUGAAGUUGUGAACGGCGUGAACCAGCUUUCUGUUGAAGAGAAGGCCAAGCCUCAACCUCAGGUGAAUAAGAAGGAAAAGAAGAAGGACAAACAGCCGCAAAAGGCUUUGUUCUUGGACCCUCCACCUGAGUUCUUGGACUACAGGUUGAAAAUCUUCGACGAGAUUAAAGCUAAGCAAGAUGCUGAAUUUGCCGCUCGUGAAAGAAAACCAAUCAAGAUUACUUUGAAGGAUGGUUCCGUGAAAGAGGGAAUUGCCUGCGAGACCAGCCCUUUUGAAAUCGCCAACAGCAUUGGCAAAUCUUUCCUUGAAAGACAGGUGAUCUCUAAGGUUAAUGGCGAGCUUUGGGACUUGGAAAGACCCCUUGAGGCCGACGCUGAACUUGAGUUCUUGGACUUUGAGCACCCGAGGGCUUGCGAGAACCACUACGGCUGCCACUUGUCCUACGGUCCACCCACAGAGGAUGGUUUCUUUUAUGACAUGUCUAUCAACAGCGGUGAGGGUGUUGUCUCCCAGGAAGACUUUGGCACCAUUGAAAAGGUCUCCACAAAGGUCAUUAAGGAAAAGCAGAAGUUCGUCAGACUAGAAAUGACUAAGGAGGAAUUGUUGAAGAUGUUUGCUUACAACAAGUAUAAGGUCAAGUUCAUCAGCGACAAGGUUCCAGAUGGAACAUCUACUACCGUUUACAGAUGUGGACCUUUGAUCGACUUGUGUAGAGGUCCUCACAUCUUGCACACCGGUAAGAUUAAGGCUUUCAAAGUCUUGAAGAACUCUUCUUCCUACUUCUUGGGAGAUGCUGCCAAUGACUCUUUGCAGAGAGUCUACGGUAUCUCUUUUCCAGACAAAAAGUUGAUGGACGAGCACUUGAAGUUCUUGAAAGAGGCAAGUGAAAGAGAUCACAGAAAGAUCGGUAAAGAGCAGGAAUUGUUUUACUUCAAUGAAGUCUCGCCUGGUUCGGCGUUCUGGUUGCCACACGGUACCAGAAUUUACAAUACUCUUGUCGACAUGUUGAGAAAUGAGUACAGACAAAGAGGCUACGAGGAAGUCAUAACCCCUAAUAUGUACAACACCAAGUUGUGGGAGAUUUCUGGACACUGGGGUAACUAUAAGGAGAACAUGUUUUCUUUCGAGGUGGAGAAGGAAACCUUCGGUUUGAAACCUAUGAACUGUCCUGGUCAUUGUGUCAUUUUCAAGAGCAGAGAGAGAUCUUACAGAGAAUUGCCAUGGCGUGUUGCCGACUUUGGUGUCAUUCACAGAAACGAAUUCUCUGGUGCCCUUUCGGGUUUGACCAGAGUUCGUAGAUUCCAACAGGAUGACGCUCACAUCUUCUGUCAACAAGACCAAAUCGAGCAGGAAAUUGCUGGUGUCUUCGACUUUUUGCAAAAGAUCUACGGUAUCUUUGGCUUCGAGUUCAAGAUGGAAUUGUCUACCAGACCUGAAAAAUACGUUGGUGAGUUGGAGACCUGGAAUGCUGCCGAGAAGAACUUAGAAAACGCAUUGAACAAAUUUAUGGGUGAGGGCAACUGGGAGUUGAACCCUGCCGACGGUGCCUUCUAUGGCCCUAAGAUUGAUAUCAAGAUCAGUGAUGCAUUGAGAAGAUGGUUCCAGUGUGCCACCAUUCAGUUGGAUUUCCAAAUGCCUCAGCGUUUUGACUUGGAGUACAAGGCUGACUCUAACGACAAGGAGAAGACUACUGCUAGACCAGUCAUGAUUCACAGAGCCAUUUUGGGUUCCGUCGAGAGAAUGACCGCUAUUUUGACCGAGCAUUUCAAGGGUAGAUGGCCGUUCUGGUUGUCUCCUAGACAGGUUUUGGUUGUUCCAGUGGGUGUGAAAUACUUUGACUACGCCGAGUCCUUGAAGGAGAGGUUGGUGAAGCAGCAUGGAUUCUACGCGGAUGUGGACCUUUCUGGUAACACAUUGCAGAAGAAGGUUAGAAGUGGUCAAUUAUUGAAGUAUAACUUCAUUUUCAUCGUUGGUGAGCAGGAGCAGGCUGAGGAGAGUGUGAAUGUCAGAAACAGAGAUAUUCAGGAAGAGCAAGGUAAGAAUGCUACAGUGAAAUUUGACGAGGUUGUCAAGCAGUUGCUCAGAUUGAAGGAGGAGUUCAGGGUUGACAACAAGUUGGUUUAA